AUGUUAGGAUUACUCAUCCAUAACGUUGCCUCUUAUGUUAAAUGCCCAACGGCAGAAGCUCUAACAUUCAGUAUUCGAGAAGAGUCCACAUCUAACGAAUGGACAUACUUUUAUACAACACAUAACCUCAACAAAGAUACUUUAACAUUCCGUCUUUACUCAAACUCUUCAUUACAACUUCAUGUUGGCAAAGGCCUUGAAUGCCCAGAUGCUAAAACAGAUGCACUUAUUAAAUUAGCAGAUAAGGUAAAUCAGAAAACAUAUAAAGUUGAUUCUGAUCUCGGUUUAGUUAAUUUUGGUGUCUAUAACCCAACACAAGGCCAAGUUAGCUUUGUUGUUUCUGUUGAAGGCGAAAAUCCAAACAACCACGACAAUAACACACAUGUUACAUUCACAGGAAUUUACCUUGCAUUAUGCAUCGUUCUUAUAGCCCUCUUCUUUGUUCAUUCAAUCCUUGCCCGUGAUAAAGUUCACUAUCAAGUCGAAGUCGAAGAAUAA